CUCAUUAAUGAAUAACAGAGUAAUGUCAACAUGGACCUUUGAGCAAUCAGUGUUCCACAUACACCGGGACUGGGACUUCGUCUGACUGAUAACUCCUGGCAGGACCACGUAACUGUCUUAUUUUGGAGCAGACCAGCAGAAUGUGGUGCUCUCUGUGCUUCCUCCUUGUCGUGCAGCUGCUGGGGACAGGGACAGCAGCCCCACGGAAAAUAAAUGCUGAUUUUCUACGAUGGGCGAACUCCAAUGAGAAUCAGGCUCGUUUGAAGAGAGGGUUGGGAGACCUGGAAGGGUCUGCUAUUGGAGCCAUUGAGGCAAACGAAGAGUCUUGCCAACUUGAGCCCGAUACUGGUCCAUGCUUUGGAUUUUUUAAUCAGUUCUUCUAUAACCAAACCUCGAUGGCCUGUGAACAAUUUAACUAUGGUGGUUGUCUUGGAAACAAGAAUAACUUUAUAACGGAACGGGACUGCUUACAGACCUGCCGAACUGAAGCUGCUUGCAGGUUGCCCAUAGAAAUUGGCUCUUGCAGAAAGAGCAUUGACUUCUGGGCGUUUGACUCCAACAUUGGCAGGUGUAUCCGUUUCAAAUACGGUGGGUGUAAAGGAAACGGGAACAAGUUCUACACGGAGAAGGAGUGUGUGGAGUACUGCGACCCCAUCCCAGAAGGGGAGGAUGAGCUUCUGGCUGUUAAAGCGAAGGCUUAGAUGGAAAUAAAAGUUUUAGGGCAACACAAGAAGUAAUUAUUAGAAAGAAUGAUUUAAAGCAACCGUUCACAAUGAGAUCACGAGUCUGAUCCUAAAAACAAGUGGCAGAAACACGGAGAUUUCAUGAGAUCAUGUUCAAUAGAAUGACAAUGUUCUUUAACCAAUUGAUCCAAUAAAC